UGGUUUAUUUUUCAGGUCAUAUGUAUCGUGAUCACAGCUUUAUUACAGUAUCUGUUUUUAUUGAUUUUCUUCCUGAUGCUGGCCCUUGGGUUGUACUAUUUUAGUAGCAUCUCUUUAGUCAAAAUAUCGUUUUCCAAAGCAACAACAUUUCAAAGUAAAGUCAAUUUCUUCAAUAAAAUCGUUUGGGGAAUUGUUGGUGUUUUACCAGUAUCUAUAACCGCAGCAACCAUUGGAGUUGUAUUUUCCUUGAACAAAGACUACCAUUCAAAAUCGAGUUGCUGGUUAUCAUUUGAUAGUGGAGCUUUGUACGGCUUUAUUGGACCCGUAGCUUGUAUUGUCCUGAUCAAUAUUGGUAUUGUUAUUAUCCUCGCAGUGACUCUUUGCUCCAUGGGAUACUCACCACAGGAUAAGAGGAACAACAGGAUAUUAGCAGGAAUAAAGUCCAUCUGUACCCUGUUACCUGUUCUGGGUGUCACGUGGUUGUUUGGCCUCUUGUCCAUUAAUGAGGAUGUGAUCGUCUUUCAGUAUAUAUUUGCUUUAUUAAACUCCUUUCAGGGGCUUUUCAUUUUCAUCUCAAAAUGCCUUCUUAGCAAAAAGAUCAGAAAGUUACUUAGUGAAAGUAUCCACAGAAAUGAUUCAGAAAGUUGGAGAGGUAGACUUUAUUCAUUACUGAGCAGUAAUCAGCUCUCUGUGAACACGAAGGAGUUUUCAUCACUCUCUAAAGGAAUUUCCUUCAAAGGCAGCUAUAGAAACAACACAGCCCUGUGAACGUGCUUGGCAAAAGAACAAGAUCUAUGAUUUCAUGAACAUAAAAAUAUCACCUGUCACGAUAAAAGCUUUAAAAACUGAGUUUUCUCUGUUAGAGACUUAGUUAAUAUACUAUUGUUCUAUUUGAUACAUAACUUUGUUUUUUCAUAAAUUUCAAAAAGUCAUUAUUUGAUUGAGACAA